UCGCUAGCUCCUUGCUCCAGAGUGUAUGCUGCUGGGGAAUAGAGGUAACACAUGGCAGGUUAAGGGUUAUCUGUCUCGCCCAAUACCAAGGGAGGGUGGGAUAUGGCUCUGGAGGAGAUAACAACAUGGUUAUGCAUGUUGCACAUUCAGCCAAGGGAAAGGACUGUGCUGCACACUGCUGCUGGGCUCACUACAUUUGCACAGGGGGCUCUGAAGGUGCACAAGUGUCUGGGCUAGGGGGCUAGCCAGCUUCUGUCAGGAUCCCUACUGGCUUCUAAAAGUGUGCAUUUGCCUGCCAACAGAAACUACACACAUGUGCCUUGGAAAUGGAAAUUGUGUAUGAUUAUCGCUUUGAAAAUGACUCGGAUUAUUGGCUGUGUCAGAUUGCAGACAACGGCAACAUCACCUGUGUGGAUGGAUCUCUCUCCAAUAAGACGUUACCAGCCAAAGAUAUGCACCAUACGGUGAGGAUUCUGCUCUACUCCCUGAUCUUCCUGCUCAGUGUCCUGGGGAACAGCCUGGUGAUUGCCGUGCUGAUAAGGAACAAGCGUAUGAGAACAGUCACUAACAUUUUCCUGCUGUCCCUGGCCGUUAGUGACCUGAUGCUCUGCCUGUUCUGCAUGCCCUUCACCCUUAUUCCCAACCUGCUGCGAGACUUCAUCUUUGGCAGCGCUGUGUGCAAGGCAGCCACCUACUUCAUGGGCAUCUCCGUCAGCGUGUCAACAUUUAACCUGGUUGCCAUAUCUCUAGAAAGAUACAGCGCUAUAUGCAAGCCUUUGCAGUCACGGGUCUGGCAGACUAAAUCCCACGCGCUGAAGGUGAUUGCUGCAACAUGGUGUCUCUCUUUUGCAAUCAUGUCUCCAUACCCAAUUUACAGCACGUUGGUUCCUUUGAACAAGAUUCAGAAUAGGACGGCAAACAUGUGUCGCCUUCUGUGGCCCAGUGACCUCACUCAGCAGUCAUGGUAUGUUUUCUUGCUGCUGAUCCUGUUCCUGGUUCCGGGGAUUGUUAUGACAAUAGCGUAUGGCUUAAUAUCUAUGGAGCUUUACAGAGGGAUCAAGUUUGAAAUGAGUCAAAGAAAAGAACGAUCGAGCAGCAUAAGCAGCAAUCAGUUUAAAAACGGAGACGGCUGCUACCUUCAAAGUAUCAAGAAAAGGAAGAAGUUAGAAAUGCAUCAGCUCUCCAGCCACCACAGUGCCAAGAUUGAACGAGUAAGGAGCAACAGCUCAGCUGCCAAUCUCAUGGCCAAGAAGAGAGUCAUCCGUAUGCUGAUCGUCAUUGUCAUCCUGUUCUUCAUCUGCUGGACCCCUGUCUUCAGUGCAAAUGCCUGGAGAGCCUUUGACACGGAUUCAGCAGAUAUCAGCCUGUCGGGGGUGCCAAUUUCCUUCAUCCACUUGCUCUCCUACACCUCUGCCUGCGUCAAUCCCAUCAUAUACUGCUUCAUGAACAAGCGGUUCCGCAUGGGCUUCCUGGCAACGUUCACUUGCUGUUCCAGCAGGGGAGCCCAAGGCAGGAGGAUGGUCCCAGGAGUGGCAGAUGAAGAGGGGAGGACCACUGGGGCUUCUCUGUCCCGAUACACUUACACCAAUAUCAGUCUUUGUGCCACCGCAUCAGCCCCAACAUGACACUGAGAGUAAAAGCAAGACACAAAAUAAAGGCACGAUGGGUUGUUUGUGGAACUAAGUGGCAUUACCUGAAAACUGAAUUAAUUGGUUUAACUAUAACUUGGCCUGUGUUAGUACUGUUAUCCCCAGUCUCCAGUGGGACAGUCAUUGGGAUAAUCCUGUGCUUUACUAGUCUGUUGUACAAAAUGGCUACCAAAUGGGCUGUGCCAACCGGAUGUAAACAUGAAUAAGUGGCUGAUGGAUUUCACAGGUACCUAAAGGAGGGGUCACAGUGGGUGGAGUCAUCCUAAGUAACUUUCCAAUCUAUGUUCAUUAGGGAUUUUCAGUGUUACUUGUAGUUGCUAUUAAAAGCAGUACCUGCCUGUGUGUUUACAUUUUCUGCACUGCUGGCUCUGACUCCUGAACCAAUGUUGCAAGUCAGCUGAUUAACUGCCCUGGAGGAGAACUGACUCAUGUUGUACAAGUGAGACCCAGAGAACAGGAAAGGAUAAACAUACACUGUGUUACAAAUUACUUUACGGCCACUGGGCAUUUUUAAUGAAUGUACAUUGGAAAGGUGCUUAAAAUGUGUAUAUUCAUUAAUUCAGCAAACAAAAUCAUUAUUUUGGGAGGAGGACUCCUUUACAAAAUUGUAUUGUGAUAUUGGGAUUAACUGCAUUGUGGAAUGUUUGCAGUGUCGGACUGGGGUACCGAGGUCCCACAGGUUCCCAAGCCAAGGGCCCAGUCAAUAGCACAUUGCACACCCCUGUCUACCCCUUUUGCGCCCCACCACACAGAUGCUUACACUGCCAGCGUCAAUCAGGCCACACCUCCUGGGACAUAUUAAACAUGCCCGUGCAUUUUACAGUGGGAAGCACAGCCAUCUUUAAUUUAGCUUGAAGCUUCCCAACAGGAUUGGGUGGGCCAGUCUACCCUGAAUGCUUGUGCAUUGUUUUGUGAUUAAGUUUGUCUGUGUCCUGGGACUGUACGGUCAUGUGAGUUUUGUGUUGUGUCCUGUAUCCAGAAAGCUGCUCAUUUAUCAUCAGUGGGCAAAGUUGCGCCUUGGUGGUAACCCACGCAACUACUUAGUGAUUUGCCUUUUUUUCCAGCCAGCUGAAGGUAGAACAAUAAAUGCAAAAACACCUUAUUGGUUUCCAUUGGUUACUGGUCAGUUGGAAAUUUGCCCAGUGUAGAUAAAUGGAAAUUUGCCCAGAGUUGUACCUAGGGCAACCAUACCAAACCAACAGCUAAUGAAUGAAGUGCUCAAACAUAUAUAUCUAUAUCGAUUGUACAGUAUACUAUACACAUUAAACAGCAUUUCUUAAAUGGCUGAAGCGGCCCACAGUGGGCCUAACCCAAUGGGAUUUUUUAACCUGCCUGAUAAAUAUUUGGCCUGUCCCAAGCCAGACCUACUAUUUAGCCCUAGACAUAGGCUAAAAAGCUGCUGAUAUGGUCUGGAUUCAGCAGCCAAUCCCAGACAGGUUUAGAGUUGGAGAAAAAUCUUGGCGUCCAGGCAAAUAAUGUGUCACGCGCUGUAUUUAUUGGCCUACUGAAAACAACAAACAGGAUAUGAAAUCUGCCAAAAUAUCUCUGCACCUGUUUGUGACUUCAACAGUCUUGAGGAGGGAGAGAGACUGCAGUGUGAGAGCUGGACCAUAUGUCAUCUCAGCAGUGAGAGUGAUGUGCCGAGCCCGAGUGCAGCAACUCUGGGGAACGAAAUAUAAACAGAAUGGGAAAAAACAUACUGAAUAAUGUUGUUUCUAUUAGUUAGCCUUAUAAAGGCCCAAAAAGUAAGUGCAUAAAGGUGUGGGAUCUGUUAUCCAGAAAACCGUUAUCCAAAAGGGGGAGUUACAGGAAGGCCAUC